CGUCAUCGCUGUCCGCCAUAUUGCAUGAGGAACUAAGAGCGGAACGUCCCGGAUGCAUGUAAACAUCCACGUCAACAGAAAGUAUAUUGAUGAAACAGUUAUAAGGGCGCGGAACAGCGCGAAUACAGACAUUACGGGCUCUGGCGGAUGUAUAAUUAAAUGACUUAAACACGGUGGUGUUUUUAGGUUUGUGCAAACAAUGACUUCCCUAACGCAGAGAAGCUCGGGCCUGGUGCAGAGACGGACCGAGGCCUCGCGUAGCGCCGCCGCCGCGGAGAAGGAGAAAAGCCCCGGCGAGGAUGAGGACGAGUCCCGCCGCGGAGAGGAGGAGGACGACGACAAGGGAGACGCUAAAGAAACGCGGCUGACUUUGAUGGAAGAGGUGCUGCUGCUCGGACUGAAGGAUAGAGAGGGUUACACAUCAUUCUGGAAUGAUUGCAUAUCGUCUGGACUGAGAGGGUGUAUGCUUAUUGAACUUGCCUUAAGAGGACGCCUGCAACUGGAGGCGUCUGGAAUGAGGAGGAAAAGCCUGCUAAACAGAAAGGUGAUUUGUAAAUCUGAUGCCCCCACUGGAGACAUGUUGCUAGACGAGGCAUUGAAACAUGUUAAAGAGACUCAGCCUCCAGAGACAGUCCAGAGCUGGGUUGAGUUGUUAAGUGGUGAAACCUGGAAUCCGUUGAAGCUGCACUACCAGUUGCGAAACGUGCGAGAGCGCUUGGCUAAGAACUUGGUGGAGAAGGGCGUCCUCACCACAGAGAAGCAAAACUUCCUGCUUUUUGACAUGACCACCCACCCGCUCACCAACAACACCAUCAAGCAGCGGCUGGUGCGCAAGGUCCAAGAGUCCGUCCUGGAGAAAUGGGUCAACGAUCCCCAACGGAUGGAUAAGCGUCUGCUGGCACUGCUGUUCCUGGCACAUUCCUCUGAUGUUCUAGAGAACGCCUUCUGUCCUCUGCUGGACGACCAGUACGAUCUAGCCAUGAAGAGGGUGCGGAUGCUUCUGGAUCUCGAGCCCGAGGCUGAAGCUGCCAAGUCAGGCGCCAACGAGCUGCUGUGGGCGGUGGUGGCCGCUUUCACCAAAUGAACCUCCAGAGUAGAGAGAAAGGGACUCAACUUUGUGCUCAUGGCAUUGGACUCCGACUGCUGGCCCCAAGCUUGGUUGAUUCGGACUAAUUUUGGUGAUGGUGAUGAUGGAAAUGCAAAUUAUGAAGUAGAAGAUGCUGAUGAUUACGAUACUUGGAAAGGGACAGCUUUUUCUCAUUGUCACAAAUCUGUCUCUGACCUUCACAAAGGUGUUGCCCUGUCUACUUCAAAUGGCCAAUAGUUGCUACAUGAUUGCAAUUCACUGUGAGGCUUCUUGUAGUUCAUGCACUUAGAUCAUAAAGUUCAUGUAAGAACAGAAAUGAGCACAGUGAAGGGAGGGGGUUUGUAAAGGGUCUGUACUUAACUAGGCCGUGACUAAUCUUAAUCCAGAUCCUGGUAUAGUUCUACAGUAAUUUCAGUAAACUCCAUGUGUCUUUGAAUAAGGAGCCACUUCUUCCGAACACACAGGUUUGAUGAUCCUUGUCAUGGUUACAUGGAAAGGUCCAGUUUCGGUUGCAUUUGCAUAUUCAGCAGGAAAUGUUCCAUUCGUUUCUGCUACCUGAAAUGAGUCCGGAGUUGAAAGAAAAUAAACCAAUUCACAUUACAAAAGACUGAAACGCAAGCAUAAGUUUUUCUCCGGUGCUUUGAAGAUACAUGACCCUGCUUCCUUGCAAGUCUUCUUUCCAGAAAUCCACUCUUUCUGAAUGCUCAAAGAAUAAAAUGUUCUAAUGCGUGCUAAUAUUUUAGUUUUUUUGCUUGGCGAUUCACAUCGGCCUGUGUAUGAAGUGACUCUAACUUGACAGCGAUUGUUAUAUUACUCACAGCCUUUUGUUCGGCUUAUCA